AGCUGGGGCGGAAAAGGUGGAUUCUGAGGUGUGUCGGUGGCUUUGUGUCUUGCUGCAGCUGGAGUUUUGGGUCUCGUCUUUGCUGCCCUGUGUCCUCUGCUACUAUAGGUCCAGCCUCUGUGGCCUUGUGAUGUGCUGGUACUGGAGAUCCACAGCGGAGAUGCCAGGACCCCCUGGAAGCCUAAAAAUGGGAGUGUUGACAUUUAGGGAUGUGGCCAUAGAAUUCUCUCGGAAGGAGUGGCAAUGCCUGGACACUGCACAGAGGAAUUUAUAUAGACAUGUGAUGUUAGAGAAUUACGGAAACCUGGUCUUCCUGGGUAUUGCUGCCUCUAAGCCAGACCUGAUCACCUGUCUGGAGCAAGGACAAGAACCUUGGAAUGUGAAGAGACAUGAGUUUGAAGCCAAACUCCCAGGUAGGUGA